GUUGUCCCUUCCGGUUGACGUCAAAUCGCUUCACCCAAGAAUAAAUACGUAUGGCGGUAUAACGGUAUGACGGUGUUGCUAGAUCGAUUCUCCUCCCUGCCCUUAGUACAUAGCUCUCCCGGUAACUAUCGACCAAUGAUAGCGACUGUAUUGUGUCAGCAGGCCAUCCUUCGAAGUAGCCUUUGGGAUCGAUUAGGUUAGAAGGGGACGAGACAAGGCAAUUCUGCUCAUUUAUGAUUCCGGUCUGCAGUAGAGGGGCUUGGAGACAUCCCACGCCGCCCUUUCCAGUGGUUGCUAAGAGUGUAGGCAGGGAGGCGAGUUACGGGAUACAAAUAAGACCCCUCAUCUCCCUCGAUCUUACGCCCUCCGACCUGAUCCUCUUUACCAAUCUUCCAAGUUUCCAACCACGACCGUGUUACUUUACAGUUCAUCCAAACCAGAGUGGAAAUCAAAGUCGAUAUCCUUACCUAAAGAUAUCCUCGCCUAAAUCUACCAUGGCUCACGAAUCUCACUGCCCCAAGUGCGGAGCCCAAUUUGAAGGCGAGAGCAAGAGCUGCAACGCUUGUGGCAGCGUAAGUGACCCUACUCCGUGGGAUCAACUGGAGACUGAUCUUCCAUGAUUCUCAGAGUUGCCCCGUCUAAUCCACCUCUUCGAUGCCUCAAGUCCUUGGAAUUAUGGAAACGAUCAAGUGAAUGGACGGACGCUCAGGUGGAUGGCUCGUCAUGGAAAGAAGAGGGAUU